CGAGAUGGAUAGUUUGAAGAGAGGGGGGAAGAAGGUUUUUGAUAAGAUUAUUAGAGGGCUGAAUGACCCGAGAAGGAUUAAUGUGGAGGAAAUACAAAAGGUAACAGCCUCAAUUGAACAAAAAGUGUUACAAAAGGUAGACAAGCUCCAAAUCGAUCUAGCUCUAGAGCCUGUUGAAUUAACCAAAGUUAUCGAAGAAGAAGAUCACAAAUUACAUCUACAAGAAAUAAAAUACCUGAAUAAGAUCUCUCCUCAAAAAGUGAGAAAGAUUGACAUUAAGAAGCUUAGAACUCAUCUGUCCAGUUCUAUGACUAGUAAAAGUAUCGAUCGGGAUGGCACAUGAAGUUCAGGUUCCCAAAAAUCCCUCAAUAAAAUCCCUCCGCAUGAAGAAAUUAUGAAAAGAGUAAAGAAGAACAGAUCUGAGCGCCAAAAAAGACUUCUAUCAGAGCAAAAAUAAACAGCAAAAGCAAGAACAAGAGGCUCUUCUCGAACGAGAAAGGAGGCGUCAAGAAGAAGACGCCAUGCGCCAAAAGAGAUACGAACAACUUGAGAUUAAAAUUAAGGAAAAGCAGAAAGAAAGGAAGCAACAGCGGGAGGCUCAAGAGAAGGAAUACAAAGAACGUAUCAGGAAGAUCAGAAGUGUAGAGCCAGCUUAUAAGAAGAUGGCAAAUAAGUACAGACAAGAGGUUGAGUUGCCUGAAAUUAGAGAAAAAAUGGCCAGACUUAGGGAUAUGAAAUACGAUGUUUAUCAUUAUAAACCUAAUAAUCAAGAGCUUAAUCAUCAUUCCAAGAUCGUUGAAAAUGAAAUCAAAGUGAGACUUCAAGAGUCUGUGGAGAGAAGGGCUCAAGAAAUGAGAAAGCAAGCUAGAACUCAUGCUCAUCUGAAAACUCACACACAAGUUAGAGUUAAGAUGCAAGAUGACUUAGUCAAAAUUUUAAGGGAAGAACAGAAUGAGAAUAAACAACGAAUGCUCAAGAAGCGCAAAGAGUUUGGAAAUGUUAUAAACAAGCUAUAUAAACCAACUAUUAGCUUAAAGAAAAAGACUGAAAUGGAGAAACUUAUUAAGAGUGCUCAAGGUACCUCAGUAGAGGAUAUCCCCAAGAUAAAGUAUGAGAGACCUAAGGAUUCUAUUCUUAAUAAAGAACAAGUAGAAUCUAUAGAUAAGAGGUUAGAUCCAGAAACAAUAGACUAUUAUCACCAUCAAAGUGAACACAACAGUAGUACUGCUGCUAAUGAUGAGCACUUUAAAACUCUGGCUUUUAGCAAGAGAGAUUUCAUGGAAGAGCAUUCUCCAAGUAGAGCAUAUGCCCCAAGAGAAGAACUCCAUCCUGUGAAGGAGAAACCACUAAAGAGGAGAAUUAAGAAGUCUCAUACAAGAAGUAGGUCAUCUUUAGAUACUGCUUCUAAAAGAGGAUACAAAGGAUCAUACUUGAACAUGUCUCCUUCUAGAAACCCUGGCUCAAAGAAUUUCAAUAUGGCUCUAGAUUAUCUUGCUGAAAGAAGAAGGAAGAGAAAAGAGAACCCCAGUAAAAUUGAAUAUAAAGAAAGUAUCCCCAAAAUCUUGGUUGGGGACAAACUUUCUGCUGUGAGGAAUAUUCUAACUGAAGCUAGAAGAGUUGAGAAAAUAGCAGAAAAAUAUGAGCAGAAUGGAGACAAAAAUAUCAGAGUCACUGAUAUAGGUAAAGAAAAUACAAUGGUCGGCAUGAUAUAUGCAGACUCGAUAUUAGCUAAAGCUGCGAUUUUGGAACAACUUUAA